UUUACUUCGAGUUAAGUUAUGAAUAGAUACUUUUCAAAGUAAAAUAUCGCGAAAAAAAUCAUUCUAGAUUAACUUCGCGACUGAAAAAUGCCGCCUAAAAAGGAUACAAAGGGAUCUUCCAAGCAACCACAAAAAACACAAAAGAAGAAGGAGGGAGGAUCUGGUGGCAAGGCCAAAAAGAAGAAGUGGUCCAAGGGAAAAGUACGCGACAAGUUAAACAAUCAAGUGUUGUUUGACAAAAGCACAUAUGAGAAACUGAUAAGGGAUGUACCACUGUGCAAAUUGAUCACACCAUCCAUAGUUAGCGAAAGGUUAAAGAUCCGCGGAUCGCUUGCCAGGAGGGCAUUGAUCGAAUUGCAACAGAAAGGACUGAUUAAGCAAGUUGUACAGCACCAUGCACAGCUAAUUUACACGCGUACUACCAAGGGUGACGAUCCGGGUGUGUAAUUCGUUCAUACGCAAUGUACAAUUACGUUUAAUAAAAAAUCGAAAAAA